UGACACAGUGCGUGGUAUGAUACCCAGGAGUUUUAUAAUGUCCUUCCUUACAUUGAUAGUUCCACUUGUCAAUACAAAAGAGCCCCAAGGUCGAUCUUAUGGGAUCGUUGGUGCAAUGGUUGAUAAAGAGGUUGAUGAUAGGCCACCGUUUAUGGUAGUUUUCAACUUUCAACCAAGUUCUUCUGUUGCUUGUAGCAGUUCUAUGAUAUCUACUCAGUGGAUAGUAUCUGCAGCUCAUUGUAUUGUCAGCAAGAAGCAUAUGAUGGAUGGAUCAUGUUUAUCAAAUUACACAAAAGCAAAGUUUAAAGCUAAAUGUGAACCUCAAAAUAAUGGAGAUAUGAAGAUUAUAUUCCCAGUUCAAGCAGCAACAACACCAGAGGUAAUUGUUGAUAUUGCUGAUCUAAAUAUGCAGAAGAAGAAUAUGUCAAAGAAGUUUCUGGUCGAUUUCAUCAUUGUUCAUAAAGAUGGAUACAAGGGAGGAAAGUAUGGAAAGUACGGAGGACAUGAUAUUAUUCUAGUGAAAACUAUUAAACCAAUGGACAAACAUUUUAGGGCAUGUGUGCCUGGUCCUAAUUUUACCCCUGGAAAUACCUUAAUAGGUGGAUAUGGAAGAUAUAGAAGAAUACAGUGCCAGGUUAAUGAUCAGGGUCCUCAUGUUUUCCAGGUACAGAUCAAACAUAAACAUCUUUCUAAAUAGUCUUUCCCACAAACU